AUGAGUAAACAAGACGUUGCCAAGAGCAUUGAUGUGACAGGGGACAAAAAAGACUGGGACUACUUGAAACGUUCGAGUAAGACUUUUGAAGCAUGUCAACAAGGAGCAUUACUUGGGCUUUUAUCACUCUUUGGUGUACAAUAUGAGAUUGAAAAGGUCUAUAAAAAGUCCACAAAAACGUCACCAUUACUUACUGUAAAAAGUGUCGAGUACUUUAACAAGAAAAUUGAUGUGAUCAAUUAUGUGACUUUAGAGAUGGACAAAGCAGUCAAAUGCUGUGGUCAAGAGAAGAAGUGGGCCUCCCGAUUAAUCAAACGCUCGAUGGAUGCUUUAUCGUUUUCCGUCUUAUUAGAAGUAGCUGCGGAGAAUUCAAUUGCGUGUCAAAUGAAGAAGACCCGGAAGACUGAAUUUACUAUAGUAAUGAAGAAAGUGCGAUCUAUAACAGCUCAACUCCAUAAUAUGUUAUUUGUUUUAGAUAAAGAAACUAUACGCGAUUUCGGACUCUCCGUCAAUCGAACUAUUAUCGAUAGGAUGGCGGGGUCGAAUCGUAAAAGUUCGUUAAUAGAUCGAAUAGUCACCGUUAACCCUUAUGAUCAACAAAUUGAAAAGUUAUUUGAAAAGUAUAUCUGCAAGGGAGUAUAUAACAAUUUAAGUGCUUUUAAACCAGUUCCAAGUAUUUUACUCGACUUCGACGGAACUAAUUUGGAAGUCAAAAGUUUCAUCUCAGACUCGUCUGACGACCAAAAACGAAAUCGGUCUCCUAUCGCGUAG